GUCGUCGACCUGGCGCUGUUGGUCAUUAAAUCAUGCAUAAUGCUAUCGAUAAUCGCGGGCGCCCUCUUAGGGAACCUCCUCGUGAUAGUGGCAGUCGCCAGGCACCGCAAACUACGAGACAUCGCAAACCGGUUCGUCGUCUCCCUAGCCCUGGCGGACAUGCUUGUGGUCCUGGGAGCCAUGCUGUUCAAUUUCCUAACGGAGGUGAUGAGGGGGCGAUGGCUGUUCGGGAGUCUCAUGUGCGACGUAUGGAACUCGAUGGACGUGUACUUCUCGACCGCUUCGAUUUUGCAUCUCUGCUGCAUAUCAGUAGACAAAUACUACGCUAUCGUGCGGCCUCUCGACUACCCCUUGAUAAUGACCAACGGACGCACCUCCUCGAUGCUGGCAGCAGCCUGGCUCUGUCCAGCCCUUAUGUCCUUCUUGCCAAUCUUCACCGGCUGGUACACAACCAGCGAGCACUUGUCUGCCAGGAGCAGAAAUCAGGAGCACUGCUCCUUCACCGUCAACAAGACCUACGCCCUGAUUUCUUCCACCGUCAGUUUCUGGUUCCCAGGAGUGGUCAUGAUCUACAUGUACUACAGGAUCUAUCGUGAGGCGGAUAGACAAGAGAGGAUGCUCUACAGGAGCAAAGUGGCGGCGCUGCUUCUCGAUAAACACCUCCAAAUCAACGGCAUUUCCGUGGACGGGGUGAUGAGAGGUCGCGACAGCGUUCAUCUGGAGCCGAUCGCCAGCAAUAAGAUGCGAAGGGAGAGGAAGGCGGCCAGGACUUUGGGCAUCAUCAUGUCCGCCUUUCUUGCUUGCUGGUUACCCUUUUUCUUGUGGUAUGUAAUAACUUCCCUCUGCGGCAACGACUGCUAUUGCCCUCAAUGGGUGGUAGCCGCCGUCUUCUGGGUCGGCUAUUUCAAUUCGGCCCUGAACCCGAUAAUCUACGCUUAUUUUAAUCGAGAAUUCAGGGUUGCCUUCAAAAAGACGAUCAGGUCUUGCUUUUUGUUCGCCUGCUGCGUUAGACGCGGCGGGACUACCGAUCUCGAUUACGGGGGCGCUAAUGAGGGCUUCAGGAGGACUGGGGAUCAGAUACAGAUGCACUCGACUGCGAGCUCGGAAGUCCAGAUGAACUGUGUUAGGUUAUACAGCGAACCAUAA